AUGCAAUAAGAAUAGGAAUAUCCUCAAAAAACAGCCAUAGCUCCUUAUUUAGCUUCUAAUUGCGUUGGAUAUCACAAGGAAUACCCGAAAUCUUUGUAUAAGCAAGUGUUUGAGCCUGACAUUAUAAUGAAACCAAAUUAUAAAGCCAUCAAAAUAUUUGAUCCUUAAGAACUUGUUAGACAUUUACAAAAGAAUUUUCCUUUAAUUAGGAAAAACAUAUUGUAGUUCGAAGAUUAGAUGAAAAAAUUAAAUCAAACCUUUGGACAUAUGAUCGUUAAUGGUAAGGCAUUUUGAAAUAUAUUAGGUUUUCAUAUUGAUGAUUUCUUGAAAAAAUUCUUUUUUGUAUUGGAUAAACGAUUGCAUAAGUUCUUUGAUCACCUUGAUUAGCAUGUUUUCAAAUUGGAUGGAAAAUAAGUAUAAGUACUAAUUCCAGGUGAUUACCGAAUUGGAGACACUCGACAGCAUAUUAGAUAAAAAUUAAUAGAUAUGUCAAACGAUCUUGUGACUAAGUUUGCUUCCAGAAAAACUCCACAAGAAUAUGAUAGAGAAGUUAUAAAAAAAAUUGAUCAAAUCCUCAGAGUCUAUGAAUUAUUGAAGUAUGAUUAAGGAUGGCAUUUUAUCAUUAAUAUCACUAAAUUUAAUCUAGAGGAUCUACUGGAGAGGGUUUGCAGCAAUGAACUCACCUAAUUUUAAAAAAUAGAUGAAUUGAUUGAAUCCAUGUUUCUUAUUUCAAUGAAAUAAAUUAAGGAUGCUACAGAACAUGAAAAUACAAGUCCACUCUUUGUUUUUAAUAAGGAUGUUGUGUUGUCUAAGUAAUUCUAUUAUUUUAUCCUCAAGAUUUCAUUCAAUUAUCAAUGAUAGAUCAGAUCCCUAAAUGUCCACUGAUGAUUUGUAUUACGUUAGUAAAACUGUGUGUAUGAGAGAUAGAAGAAUCAUUUACAACGAGUUUUAUAAUUAAAUUAAUAAGGAACUUAAAGAAAUUGCUCCUGAAUAUUUCUAAUUUGCUACAACAGAAAAAAGCGAAUAUUAGAAGAAAAGAGAGGAACUUCAUAAAAAAUUAUUAAAAACGUAAAACGAUUGGGAAUCUUUAAAGGAAGAUGAAAAUUACUAUCUAAUUUAAGAGGAUCGAAUCAAUGAAGAAGAUUUAAGAAAAGUUCCCUUGACAAGUGAGCAGUAGUUACAAUAGUUGUAAAAAUUAAAUCUCUUCGCAAAUAAAGCUUCCAAUCUAUAAUAUGAUGCAGUCAGUUUGUUUAAGGAAAUCUUGGAUCACAAAGAUGAGUCAAAAGUCUUAAUUGAAACCAAACUCUAAGAGGCUUUGGAUAAGGCAAAAUAAUAUUAUACCAAAAUGACACCUGGCAGAACGCCAUCCUCAAAUUAAAUUAAAUAACACGUAGACAGUCUUUAUAGUGAAUUAACUAAUUUAUUAAACUCAGAUAUCUCUAAGUUUUAAGGAUAAAUGUCAUAAACUGAUAAAUCUGUUGAACAAUAACUUGCUAAAAACAAACAAAAUCCUUAUUUAUAAUAAGUAUAAAAAGAACUUCAAAAGUAACAACAUGUUAGAGAUCACAUGUAAAAAGAACAAGAAAAUGAAAUGAAAAGAAGAUCUGAAUUAGUCAACGAUUAGAUUGAUUUGAUGAUAAGAUAAUAGCAAUAGCGAGAGCUCUUUAAAGAAAAUUAAUCAACGAGACCAACUUAACCUGUAAAUACUGGUAAAAUCAUGGAAGGUAGUUCUAUUACAAAUGAACUUUAUUAUUAAAAAGUAGUUGCAAACUAUCCAAAACCGCAGGCCGAUUAAGGUAAAUAUGAAAAAAUAAUAAAUAACAACUAUGCUGAAUAAAUUCAUAGCUUGAAUAGAGGGGUCUAUAUUGGCUAGACGCCAGAACAUUAUGUUGAUAUAAUUUUGGGCCCAACAAAGUUGAGAGAGGAGCAAAAAAAACCAGAUCCUAGACAUUAACCAUCUAAGGAUCCGCCUAUAAAACUAGAACCACCUAAAGAUGUCUAAAAACCAGAACCAUCUAAAAAGCCUGAACCUCCUAAAUAAGAUCCACCCAAAAAGUCUGAUCCUCCUCCUAAAGAAACCCAAAAACCAGAACCGACUAAAAAGCAAGAACCUCCCAAAGACCCCCCUAAAAAAAACGAUGCUCCUCCUAAAGAAACCUAAAAGCCAGAACCACCUAAAAAGCAAGAACCUCCCAAAGCACCUCCUAAUAAAGUCGAUCCUCCUCCUAAAGAAAUCUAAAAGCCAGAACCACCUAAAAAGCCAGAACCUCCCAAAGACCCUCCUAAAAAAGUCGAUCCUCCUCCUAAAGAAACCUAAAAGCCAGAACCACCUAAAAAGCCAGAACCUCCCAAAGACCCUCCUAAAAAACAAGAUGCUCCUCCUAAAGAAAUCUAAAAGCCAGAACCACCUAAAAAGCCAGAACCUCCCAAAGACCCUCCUAAAAAAAACGAUGCUCCUCCUAAAGAAAUCUAAAAGCCAGAACCGCCUAAAAAGCAAGAACCUCCCAAAGCACCCGAUCCUCCUCCUAAAGAAAUCUAAAAACCUGAACCACCUAAAAAGCCAGAACCUCCCAAAGACCCUCCUAAAAAACAAGAUGCUCCUCCUAAAGAAAUCUAAAAGUAAGAACCGCCUAAAAGCAAGAACCUCCCAAAGACCCUCCUAAAAAACAAGAUGCUCCUCCUAAAGAAAUCUAAAAGCCAGAACCGCCUAAAAAGCAAGAACCUCCAAAAGACCCUCCUAAAAAAAACGAUGCUCCUCCUAAAGAAAUCCAAAAACCAGCACACCCCGAAAAAACUGAUCCUCCUUAAAAAAAGCCUGAAA